GUUACCCUUUGGUUGCUACAAUUUAGGUAGCCCACUGGCUAAGUAAAUUAACACAGCUCGAACUGGGAUUAAGAUCUAUAUAAACCGUAUUGACAGUUAUUGUGAGCUAAUAAGAAGCUAUGGCAGAUAUUUUAGCACUAGUUUUGACGUGUAAUUGUGCACAACCUCGGGAUAAUAACAACCGCAAGUUAACCCCUAUUUCACCUCGGAAUGCACUGCCAUGUAUGAUUGUGGGAGAGAGCUGUAACAUCAAAACAUCGCUGCUGUUCUUGACUGCGGUUACAGCUGCCUCAGACUUAGGGGUCAGAGUAGUGUUUUUCACCCCGACACCCUUCCAGAGUCUCCCCGGGUUGCUUCAGGACUCCCUGGCCUGCCUGAACCCCGAGAGUCUUAAGAAGAUAACGUUCAUGUACUCCAGGUCGCAGGAGGAGCUGCUGCAGAAUGUGGCAUAUCUGCAUGAGUCGGUUCGUCAGGCAGCUGUGCUGCCUGCCCUGCUCAUUGUGGACAGGCUUGAUCGCUACCUCGGGUUGCAGAGGGAGGAGCAAGCAGCCGCCGCCGUGCACCUCUCAGCCCUGCUGAUUGACACAGCCUCUUUCCUGACACGCAACUCAGAAGAGCCAUGCCGGGUCAUCGUCUCCUUUGAUGUGGAGCAGCAAGGACAGGCGCCCCGGGAGCUGGCGGCACCCGACCCCAUUCUCUCCAUACUCAACCGCUAUUUCUCCGUGCACUGCACCUUGGACCGGGACAGACGUUCUGGUGUGCCCAGUCCCCCUGGAGAACCAGGUGAUGCUUGGCAGAUUUACUUCUCUGGUGCUGGGAACACUGUGGCCCACGGUGGCAGUAAUCAAGGAGAUCAGAUUCUUGGACGCCAGUGGCAAUUGGCUAUUUGCCCAAAUGGGACAAUGGAGUUCUUGCCCACCUCCAUGGAGAGUUGUGUGAAUGAAUAA